UCAAGCAUUAAGUCCGCCAUUUGAACAUUUCACUUUAAGCUGUUAACACACUUCCGGGCCGUGCCCGGGAUGGCCAUCCACACGCAUUCCCGCAAGAGAGACUGAGAAGAAAAUAUCUCUUUCCUGCCCCCCGCCCGUUAGUCGACUGCGUUAAUUUGAGGCGCAUGGACGUCACAAUUGUUCACUUUUUAUUUUCUACCUAUUAAUAAAUAAUAUUAUGUAAUUGUGUUACCUAUCGAUAGUUUCUUAUCGUGUAUAAUAAAAUUAAUUAAUAACCGGUUGCGCGCGCGUGUGUGUGUGUUUACUCAAUUUUUACAAUGAGCGCUUUAAAAGAAUAUAAUUUAAACGAAAUAUUACACAAUGUUGCUCAGUCUUGUGAUCUCUUAGAAUGGCACUAUUCUAUGCGUGAUUUUGAGAGUAUCGGGCAAAAUUAUUUCGGUGAUUUAGUGCCUUUGUAUUUAAUAGGCAGGGAUUGCACCGAGAAAGAGGUUAAGUUAUCGUUGGUACUGAAAUUGGCUCCCACUGAUAAGAGAUUUCGUCUCAGUGAUGCGGUCACGCGCAUGUUUGACCGAGAAAUGUUUGUAUACAGUGUAGUAAUGAGUAAAUAUAGAGAGAUACAGAAAAAAAUAUCUCGCGAUCACUUUGUGAUACCUACAUGUUACUAUAUACGCCCAACUUAUUGUGAAGAGGUCAUAGUAUUGCAAGAUAUGCGUGAAGAUGGGUACAGACCGUAUACUAGGCAGCCAUUUUUGGAUUUAGAUCACACUAUUGUAUCACUCAAAUCGUUAGCAAAAUUCCAUGCAUUGUCGUUCAUGUUACAACAAAUCGAUGGGAAACUAUACACUGAGAUUGAACAGAAAUGUGUACCUCUAAACGAUUUGACUGAUAAAAGGUUUAUGGAAGUGAUAAAUGACAGACUUUCAAAGGCAAUGGAGAAGUUUGCUGAUACAGAAUAUGUAACAGUGUUGUCGAUUUUACAGCAAAACUGUUCCAAAUAUAUAAAACAGACUGCAGAAAAUACCGCAGCAACUUGCAUUUGCCAUGGUGACAUGUGGAAAGAAAACAUUCUGUUUAAAUACAGUGAAUCGGAACCUGUAGAAGCUUGUAUUAUUGACUAUCAGACCACUCGUACCUGCAGCCUGGCUUAUGAUGUUCUCUACCUUAUAACAAGUAGUACUGAAUCGACUUUGAGAAGGCAACAUUUCCGACAACUCUUAGACACUUACUAUGAAACGUUUGACAAUUAUAUCAAGAGUGCUGGAUAUGACACCAAAGUAUUAUACACUAGGACUUCAUUCGAUAAUGAUUUGAAAUUGGUGGCGCCGGCAUGCCUCAUUGUGGCUAAUACUGCUUUAUGGUUGUCCAACGGCUUGCAGCAGGAAGGGCACGUCCGAAGUAAAAAUAUACUCUCCACACCUGAAGAAAUGUCAGUUGCUGUGCAGAAAUAUAAAUCAAUAGUAAAAGAUAUCAUGGAUGAUUUCUUUAUGUAUGGAUACUUGAAUGUUUAAUUAAUUCAAUUUGGUUGUUUUUCCUAAAUACAGUAAAUCGUGUUCACGACGUUACGUUUAGUACUUGUAUUGUUUGUAAUAAGUUCUCAUUAAUUAUUUUAAUCCGGUAUAAAUGUUUUAUUUGAAUAAAAUGUAGAUUCCUUUAAACCGUGUUUUGGGUUUUACUAUUCUUUUGUACGCGUCUGGCAAGAUUAAAAACGCGACCAAAUGUCUCUAUA